UUGACUUUCCAGUCGCCAUUCCAGUCAACAAAUCAAAACACGCGCCAUCGAUUGAGAAUUUAAUAAUUUUACGUAAAUUCUGUAAUUUAGGUGGGACAAUGGAUGAUCCAGAUUGUAUUUAUACAAUAUACGACAACAAAUGCAGCAAAGCCGGCAUUACGGGAAAAUGGGUUGCUCCGGAUUUAUUUUCAAUCACAGCAUUCCGUCCAAUUCUCUGCAAUACCCGGGAUGAGGUUUCUAAGUAUGCCAGCACGGAGUACACGAAUGUUCAUCAUGUGAAAUUUUCAUUUGUCUUCUCGGACCCAAUUCUCACGGAUUUCGUCGGGGAGACAUGUGCCAUCUUCCGUCGUCUCCGGAGUGUUAAGGCAACAGAUGAGAAGAUAGACUUUGUGAAGAUUUCUCAAUCAUACCGAAGUACAAUCAGGACGUACCUUGAGAAGUUGCACGAUUCCAUUGCCUCCGGGACAGAUGAGACACUCAUUGAGCGGCAUAAGAAUCACAUUACCCAGCUGUACUACACAGAAUGCAUUUGGCACCUGUGUGAGAUUCUCUUUGUUGAUCGUGUAGCCUCAGGGAUGAUUGUGCUGAAGCUGCUGGAGUGGAUUCGUUUCCACAUUCCCCAAUCGGAGCGUCUGGCCACGGAAUUGCUCAUAAAGGGACGCGAAGCUGACGCGCAUGAGGAAUACUGGAAUGUUGUGCGAAAUCUCAUUCUUCAGGGGCAGGUGGACGUAGCCAGGGCACUGCUGAAGCUUCAUUCUUCCUCGGAAUCGCUCACCUUCCAAAUAGCCGAUCAAGUGCUCAAAGCAAUGCCAAUUUUUAACAACUACAGCGGACUUCCGGUUCAGAAAUUCCGCUCACAGUGGCAAUACUGGAUCACUGAUACACGUUCAAAGCUCUCAACGGGUGUGCUGAGGGAUCAACCAGAGUUGGAGGUGAUUGUCCACCUGGCAAUUGGUGAUGAAGCCACAUGGAGGGAGCAGGCAAAGAGCUCAAACUGCUGGUACGAAUACCUUCCGGGGUUUCUCUUCUACACCGAACCAACGUGCAAAUUUUUCGAAUUGGGCACAUUUUCCGCUCAAUGGCUCACCCUGUGGAUGGAAGCACAUGGGCAGAAGGAUUCUGUGCCAAUGAAGCAACUCGAUCGGGUGAUUGUGAGUGUAAUGGAGAAUGAUAUGAAUCAAGUUCUGCACGAUAUUCAAAAUAUUAAUGACAACAAGUGGUUUGUCACCCAUCUCACGGAUCUCCUGUUGCUCUGCAAUCAACUGGAAAUCAUUGGGGAGCAUCAAACAAAUGUGGCGAGUGAGCUGAGGGAUUCCCUUGUCUUUGAAUACGGAUGCACCCUCAUGGGGCAGAGGGAAUUUUGGCCAUUUGGCGUGGAUUACCUCGAGAAUGGGCCUCCCGAGGGAUUGGGUGCCAUUGAAAUGUACCUCUCACGCCUUCCCAUAGCGUGCGAGGAGGAUGCUGAGCAAAUUCUCGCUGUGGCUAAAUCCCGGGGAAUCACAUCAAUUGAACGGGAUGUCUGUCGCGUACUCUCGGCUAGGUACAUUUCAAACGGAGACUACGGGAAGGGACUCAUUUGGGGCGUUCGAUCGCAGGAUAACAUCUACGUCACAUCCAUUGCUGACAUUUUCCUCAAUUACUACUGCAAGCACGGAGAGAUCCUCUGUCCGGAAGUUCUCUCACAAAUAGCCUCAAAGAUGUUCGUUUCACCGCGAUUGGUGUUUUUGGUGAAAUAUUUUGACUUUCAUCAAUUCUACAAACGCAAGGAAUUCCCCCAAGCAGCGGAAUUGCUUAUAAAUCUUCUGGAUUCCCGGAUAACGCCGGAAUUCUUCUGGCCAACUCUCCUCUCAGACACAAUCCCCUUGCUGGAGUCGAGUGAACCAAAGAUUCCCUCAAAGGAGACAACACAGAUCAUUCAUCACCUGGAGGCAGCCUUUGUGCCACUUGUGGAGAAAUUGCAGAACAAAACAGCCGUUAAUGGGGAGAUGAAGACACCAAUUCUCAAUUAUUCCCGUUUGGAGGACAUUGAGGAGCUCAUUAAGUUACUGCGGAUGGCAGCUGCGAGGAAUUUAGCCCGAAUGCUCAUUAUUGAGAAUACGGUUUUGUAAAAUUCUUUCUUCCGUUGAGAAAAUCUUUUUUGAAGGUUUGUUUUGAUGAAGGAAUAAUUUAAUAAAUAAAAAUUAAUCCCAAA